GUGCAUUGCAUAAUUCUAACCGUCUAAUUGCUUACCUAAUUUUCACUAUGCUUUACGCAUUAUUACUGAAAUGGGGAUGAUGUAUAAUCGAAUUGUCAAUUGACACACGAUUAUAUUUGCGUUUUAUGUUCAUAUAUGUGUAUUAAAUAAUUGCUUCAGUUUCUAAGGCAUGUCAAAACCAAGGAUAUGUGUGAUUGGUGCGGGGCCGUCCGGUAUGUCAACCUUGUUUCAUUUCGCUGAAAUGGAGGAGAUGCCGGAAAUUGUUUGCUACGAGAAACAGCGCACGUGGAUGGGUUUAUGGAACGUUUCUUGGAAAACAGGUCUGGACAUGAACGGAGAACCUAUUCAUACAAGUCAGUACCAUCACAUGUGGUGCAAUGGUCCUUAUGAGUCAAAUCAGUACCCAGAUUAUCCGUUCGAGCAGCACUUUGGUCAGCAAACUCCGUCAUUUCCUCCUCGUGCGGCGAUGAGAGAUUAUCUCGAAGGUCGUUUUACAAGAGCGGUUGCACAUGGACGAAACCUUAGGGACUAUAUACAUUUUAAUACUGCUGUCCGAUAUGUGAAGUACCAUGACGACAAAGAUGACUUUACCGUCAUUGUUAACGAUUAUAACACAGGCAAGACACUAGAAGAAACAUUUACACAUGUAAUUGUGGCAUCAGGAAUCUACAGUUUUCUUAAUCUUCCUGAAUUUCCUAGAAUGGAAAAGUUUAAAGGUCGUAUUUUACAUUCGCACGACUUUCGUAAUGCGAGGGAAUUUUCUGGACAAAGGGUGUUGUUGAUAGGAGCUGGUUAUACUGGAGAAGAUCUUGUUCUACAAUGUCUGAAAUUUGGCGCCAAACAUGUGAUUAUGGCAUACAGAACAAAGCCAAAAGGAGACACCUGCAUUAUGCCAGAGGGUAUUGAGGAAAGACCAAUUGUUGAACGUUUUGAUUCGACUAAGGCAUACUUCAAAGAUGGGACCUCUGCUGAAAUCGACUCUGUAAUAUUAACUACAGGGUACAGAAACUAUUUUCCUUUCCUGGAAGACAGAUUCCGAAUACCCGAAAAGACGCAUCUGCAUCUUGAAGGGCUGUACAAAGCAACAUUGUUUUAUAAGGAGGGAAACAAUCGUUUGUUUUAUAUAGGCGCCCUUAAUCAAUUCAACUCAUUUAUAUAUUUUGAAGUUAUGGCAAGCUGGACUUGCAGAUACAUUGUGGGUCAAUUGGCAGAUGAACCAAAGGGAAAGAAAGAGAUGCAGGCCGAUAGUGAAAAAUGGAUUAAACAGGCUAAUGCUGUUACUUCCGAAUCACAAGCGCUUCAUUUCCAAACUGAAUUAAUAGCACACCUGGCUGAAGUAACAGGAUAUCAGAGUAAUAUUGAGAAAAAUGAAGAAGUUUUCAAUAAGAUGAUCAAAGACAAAGAGGAAGGGUUUGGACUUGCAAAAUACAGGGAUCGAUGUUAUGAAUGCAUAUAUACUGGUACAAUAGACCUGAAACAAAAUACCCCAUUUAUGCUAAACUAUGACGAUAGUAUUGAGGCAUUUUUGAAAUGCAAAUAGAACAUAUAACUUAAGAUGUAAAAGAUUUGAUACCUAAUAAUUUCUAUUCUAAAAGAUUUUGAGAAAUAACAGAACAAAUAAUAGCGAUACCAUGUUGCGUCAAAUCUGAAACAUAGAUAAUAUAUAGUUAUUUAUAUUCGGAACACAUCAUUGUAUCAUGUAUUUUCAGUGUCAAAUCCGUGAUGCGGCAAUUUAAUUACUAGUAGUGCAAAUAAGACAAUAAAGAUAAAACGAGGAAGAGUUUAGUUCAUGGAAUCCCUGCUGCCUCCCCCGAUAACAUCAAGUCAUAUAAGACCAACUGAAAGGCAGCCAGUACAGCACUAUACCAUGUAUACAGAGCAGAAACGGGACAUCGUACAAAAGAGGCAAAAUACAGGAUAGUACAGUUAAUUGUAUCUGUUUGUGUUAACACUCGUAUGAAAACAUUCCAUUUAUCAAUGCGGAGGUGGCCAUGACGACCAGUCUGACCAUACAACAAAAUAAACAGUAUAAAGCAAACAGAAUGAUUGUUGAAGGAGACUGCAUUUUAACUUAGUGAAAUAUGACUAAGAUACAUUCGUCAUUUUCUGAAGAUGUGCUUUUUGUAAUAAUUGUUAGGUAUUUGUAUAUUUAUGAUAACCGAAAACGUAUUUAUACGCUAAUCCGAAUUGUAAGAUAAUCUAUACAGGAAAUAUAUAUAUAACCCAGAUGGUAUAUCUCUGUCAAAUGUAAUUAUUAUUCUACGUAUUUACUUAAGGGAAAUGGAGUUGGAUCAAAUCAGUAUCAAUUACUUUCUUCCUUCUAUCUAUCUCGGCAUUGCGACAUUUUCGUUAUUUUUAAAAAAAUAUUCAUACACGCUACCAUGUAACUUUCCUGUUAUAGAUGAUAAACACAAUUACAUUAAUAUUAAUACAUGUAGCAUAAACAGUUUAAUAAAAAAAAAAGAAAUAAAAUUAAACACUAUAUUUGCUCUAAUAUUUGUUCUUUUUUCUUAGCCAUUAAAAUGGAAACACCCAUGUUUUUCUUAAGUCACUGUGAUACAUAAAUGAAAACCCCAUUUCAUUGGAAUAGAAUACAUUGUAUGACAUUAAAACCUAAAAGGAAAUAAAAGGUAAACUGUU